AUGGUUAUAUCUGUACACUCAGAAAAACCCGUAUGUGAACAUAUGGGAAUAUGCUUCAUAACCGUCAACGAAACACGAUUUAGUUGUGGCGAAACGUAUGAAAAUACAACCAAAGACGAAUUUCCCCCUGAAUUAUCGAGUACAUGGUGUAUAAACAACAAUGAAGUCAAAAAAAUAUUGAUGGCUAUUGAAUGGACCAGUAAUUUGAACAAAGAUAUAGAACUAUUUGGUGGAUCAAUCUUGAUGAUAUUGUCCUUGUGUUUUAAUGCAGCUGACUCUAUGGCGGCAUUACACCGAUACGUUCGUGUGCAUGGCGGAUUGAUAUCAUCAGAGAUGACUAUGGAGAGUUUCGCAGCCCUUGAAGAUAAUGUGGAGAAUAUUGCCUUUGACAACAAUGACAUUUCCUCAGUGAAAUCAGGCUAUUUUAAUAAAUACAAGAAUCUUCGCAUCUUAUCGCUCAGUUACAAUAGGAUCACAACUAUUGAAAUGAAUUCUCUACCUACAGCAAGCAGUCUUGAAAUGUUGUAA